AAGAAAUUUAUAAAGCGUGGGUUGAAAAUGGAAAUGAAGAACGAAAAUUAACGAAACUAAGAAAAUGUGAAGGCAGUGUGAUUGAUAAAGAACUUUUGGUCUGGUUUAGCAAAACUCGAGAAAAAAAUUUACCAGUUUCCGGACCAACAAUACAAGAAAAGGCUAAACAACUUGCUGAAGUUCACGGAUUAAACGACUUUAAAGCUUCAAACGGGUGGCUAGAAAAAUUUCGAAAAAGGCAUAACAUUUCGUUUAAAUCUAUCUGUGGGGAAGCUUCAUCCGUUGAUAGAAUAGCUGUUGAUGACUGGAAGAAAAAAUUGCCAAACAUAAUCGAUAAAUAUGAAAAGCGAGACAUCUUCAAUGCCGACGAGACUGAACUUUUUUUUAGAGUUCUACCCAAUAAAACUAUGGCAUUUAAAAAUGAAACGUGCAAUGGUGGAAAAGUUUCAAAAGAACGGUUGACUGUGCUAUUGUGCUGUAAUAUAAUAGGUGAGUUUGAACGUCCUCUCAUCAUUGGUAAAGCAAAACGACCGCGGGCUUUCAAAAAAUUAGACGUAAAUAAAUUUCCCGUUGACUGGUGUUGGAAUAAAAAGGCCUGGAUGACGACACAGAUUAUGACAGACUGGCUCAUGAAAUUCGAUAAACAAAUGAUUAAAAGUCAAAGAAAAGUACUACUUUUGUCGACAUGCAGCUCUCAUCCCCAUCUAAACUAA